AUGAGGGUUUUGCUUUGUAAGAUCCAGUGCCCUUCUUUCAUUUGCUUCUGUAAGCCUUCUCCUCACAUCUACGCAUCAAGUUCUCUGAAAUUGGAGGACACUCCUCCUCCUCCUCCUCCUCCUCAAGUGUCUUCUGUUGUUGAUGGCAAUGAUGAUGAUGAGUUUGUUGAUGCACAAGUAGAAGAAGUUGUUGAUCAUGUUGAUGGUUUGGUGAAUGAAGAAGAGUGUGCUAUAGAGGGAAAGGAAGAAAGUAAUGGGGAGAUUCUGAAAAGUAGUCUCAAAAAGGAGGUUUUGGAUUCAGGAGAUGAUGGUGAGGUAAGGGAGAAGAAGAAGGUUCAGUGGGUUGAUUUGAUGGGGAAAGAACUUGCUGAGAUCCGUGAAUUUGAGUCUAGUGAAGAAGAAGAGAUCAGAUAUGAUGGAGAUAGAAGCUGUGUUUGCGUUAUUCUGUGA